CCGGCGGAACGUGGCUAUGGAAGAGUUGAGGGCCUUGCGUCCCCCUUUUUUACUCGUGUUCGCAAUCGGUGGUAUUGCUCUUGUCAAAAUACAAGUGUUCUCCCUUGGUAUAAAGAGAGAGCAGAGGAGAUAGCAAAACCUUGCCUAUUCUCGCAGGGAAACCCAUAAAGGGAGGCUUUGCUUAACCCAGACGGCAGUAUUACUCAGCCAAAUAAAACUGUUAAUAUAUCGGAGGAUCAGAUGGAGUUAACCCUCUGGGCAAACAUCACUCUCCCAGUCGACACCGUGUCGGUUGGAAAUAUUAUGGUUUUCGUCUACGAUGCAAAUGGUCUUGGUGGCCGCCUCAUUUCUCGACUCGCAAAUACUUCUGGAAUCUCUCAAGCCUCACCAGACGCGCAGAUGAUUCACGAACUUAGGUUGGAGAAGGCCAAUAUCACUUUAACCUCUAAGGUUACAAAAAACCCUACCACCAAUCAGUCUCAAGUUGGUUCAGAAUUCAAAAUCCAUUUAACUGGGUCGACACUUUACCAGCAUUUCUUUGUGAUACAAAAGGUUCUAUUUGUAGUAACCUCUUACAGCAAACUUGGUGAAGCGGAUGAUCAUCAAAAUGACCAACUCUUCUUGAUGUUUUACACUAAGUCGGGUGUGACCAGCCAAGACAAUGAAACCACCAAUAAACCAAUAGCUACAGAAGCUACAACUCCAGUGUUGCCAUUGGCUAGUACUAAUAUGUCAGUACAGGACACCAUAAAGAAAAUAUAUUCAACUACCAUGGAAGUUGUGCCUUCAGUAAUAUUGAGAACUGUAUCAGCAAGUGCCCAAACAACUGUUACAUCACCAAUUUCAGUUAUACCAACUUUUGUAAGCCUUAAUAUGUCUCCAAGAGUUUGCAAAACUGUUAGCCCCUCAAACACAGUUUGGUCCACAUUUAAUAUUGCAUCUGCAAGUGAUCAAAAUACUGUUGGGCCACCAACAACUACAGGAACAGAUAGUUCAAGUAAUCGAGCAGUGGCAAUUGGUGUUUCCUUUGCUGUAUUAGUUAUAAUUGUGAUCAUUGCUGUUAUGGUUUGGUAUUGUUUCUGUCGAAAUUGGGACUGUGCUACAGGACAUGCUGAGCUUUCUGCUUCAACUGAUAACAUUUUGAAGGAAAUCCCCAAAUUCAAUGAUGAGCAAUAAUGAUUAUCACUGGCUGUCUGUCUGUGUCUGCUUAUUCUAUAUCUAUUUAUUUAUUUAUUUACUUGCCCAUUCUGUAAGUUACAAAACGUUCCACAAUUGUUUAAUUUGUUUCUCGUGUUCAGUCCGCGCGGGACUGGUACAAUUACGUCAUUUAAAUUGUUAAAUAUUAUGGGAUAAACCAUGUGCUCGUACUUGCAGAGGUCAAAAAUUCGUUUAGGAUGUUCAAUUGUUUUCUCACUGCUUUAUUCACUUAUUCCUCGAGUCCACAAAUCUUGUGAGUAUGUUUUCACUGUAGUUUUUUCGUUUCGCUUCGUUUUUUUUACAUUUGUUUCCUUUUUUGUACAGUUAAACCAGAUCUUUGUAAAACAAAGGGUUAUUCGAAUAUUCAAGUCUACACAUUCCACCCACCAACUUUCAUAAUAGAGGCUAUAAUAGAAAAAUUGACUAUUUUGUGGGAAUGGCCUUCGUUAUGAUAACAUCAUGGAACGACCUUGCCGCUUUUGAUAAGACUUCCAAAAGUAGUUUUUCUAAUAUGUAGCCUAAGGCUAAUUGUUUAUCAUGUAAAUAAGUAAAUAAGUAAUAAUACAAGUAAAUAAUACCAUGUACAUAUGGGCGAAGCCCACUAAAAAUAUUUUUAAAAGAGCACUUUUCUUACAUUACCUUUCUCAGUACUGAUUAAUGUCUUCCUCUGACAAGAAAAAAAAAACAUUAAAUUUAAGAACUUAGGCCCUUUUAUGUAUUUAUUUGCAUAUCUGCAAGUCUUACCUGCCUUCUUUAUUUUACUAUAGAUAUAGGAAUAUCAUUCCAAUAGUAGCACCCUAGAACUAUUGGAGAGAAUUUUUUUUAUAUUUAUUCUGAAGGAGCUAGGGUUCAGGUGUUGCAAAGAUGUACUUCUAGUGGCAUAAUCAUAGAUCUCAGAUGCAAAAGAAAGUGCAAAAUUUGAAGAUUUUUUUGUCUACAAUAUGAUAGUAGAAUAGUUGACACGUACUCAAUUUAAUUAUGUUAGGAAGCUUAAUUAGGCCAAGGCCUAUAUAAUGGGCAGUAACAUGGUCACGAAUUGGUACGUUGUUGAUGAUUCUCACAGCUUGCUUUCUGUACAAGUUGUAUAUAUUAAGUAGUAUGCACCAAGUACAAGGAAACGAUUUGUCAAUAGAGAAUUUUUUACGUCUUUUAUGUUAGUGAACAAAUUAAAAUCAUCUUUUUUUUACGGUU